UAAGAAAAUCAAGGGUUUUUUUAUUUACAAUAAGAUUUGGAAGCAUAUUCAUCGCAAAAGAGUGAAAUUUUAUCGGAGCUUGGUAAUAACGCUAUAACAAACACGCCCUUACGAACUUACAACAAAGCUUCAGCUGGUGUCUUCCCUCUCUUUCAACAGCUUGAUUUUGUUGGGGAAACUUUCUAAAAAUGGAUAAUGAUGGGGAAUUGGUAAAAACAAGCAAAACCUUAGUUGGGUUUGAUCAGUCAACAAUAAUUAUACCACCUUCUUCCUCAGUUGUUGAAAAGGAAUCUUGUAGUUUGGAUUUGACAAGCUCAACAGUAAUGGGUGCCCGUAAUAUAAAAAGUCAAGAAAAUGGUUCUGGGGUUUUGGGGGUAGAAAAUGGACAUGAUGAUGGCGGUGUCGGCGGUGGGGGUGGCGGUGGCUUUGUCGGUGAUGGGGUGGAUUUGAGUGUUGCCAAAGAUAUUAGGGUUGAUGAGAUUGUCGGUGAGGAAAGUGUUGCUGAUGAUUCUGAGAUUGAAAAGGAAAGCAAAGAGAUCAAGUUUGAGGAAAAAGGAAAUGGGGUUUUGAUUGAGAGAGUGUGUGGGAGGAAGGGUUUUGGGGUAAAAUUUCAAGAUGGGAUAACCAGUUCUGGGAAGAAACCAUUUGCUGAUAUAUCAAGUAGCAUUGCUCAGAGAACUAGGAACAGGAUUAUACCAGAGGAAAUCCAGGAUGUGGAUGUUGUUGAUGAAAAUGGUGAUGAGGUUGAUGAAGAAGAAGAUAACAUAUUUUGUGCAGGGGAUUUUGUUUGGGGAAAGGUUAAGAGUCAUCCAUGGUGGCCUGGUAGGAUAUAUGACCCUUCAAAUGCAUCUGAGUUUUCGUUGAGAUACAAACACGAGGGGCGACUUCUGGUUGCAUAUUUUGGGGAUAGAACAUUUGCUUGGUGUGAUCCUUCUCAGUUGAAAUCUUUUGAGGAGAAUUUUGAAGAAAUGUCAAAGCAAAGCAGUUUGAAGACCUUUGUUCAUGCUGUAAUGGAAGCUGAAAAUGAAUUUGGUAGACUUGUAAAGCUACAAAUGAAUUGUUCUUGUGUAAGAGAGAAUCAGAAUUCUAUGCCGUUUGUAGUGAAUGCAGGUGUUAAGGAAGGGGUUCGUGUUUCUGAGAACGGAGUUGUCAAGUUUUCAGCAGCUCGGUUUGAUUCGUUGACAAUGCUUUCUGAUAUCAGAUGUUGGGCUGUGUUUGAUUCGGUAGCUAGUAAUACACUUGAAUUAACAGUGUUAAAGAGUCAAUUAUCAGCCUUCAAUCAUGCUAAAUUUGGGUACUCGUUACCAGUAUAUUGUGAGCCCGUGGGUAUUGAAGACCCGAUGAGUGAGCAAGGUUUAUCCAGGGAGGGUUCAUGUCGCCGAGGUCCAGAUGAUGGGGAUUGGUUUAUAGGCCCGGGAGAUCAGACACCAGGCCAAAACGGGCUGCUGACACCACAGAAAAGGAGGAAAUCAAAGAGCAUAACUGAGCUGUUGGGAACGGACACAGGAGAUGAAUUGGAGGGGAACACUGUGGACAGAUUAGAAGGAGAGACUCAAUUAGGAAAGUCCGUAGUGGAAUCUAGGAAGAAAAGGGGGAAAUCAUCAAUGCAUGAGUUAAAUGGUGAUGAAAGUUUUCCUGAAGAAGAUGAGCAAUCAGGGAAGCAGGUCCGAGUUUCUGGGAGGAAGAAAAGGAAGACUGUUGUUGAAAAUAAAAGUCCAGCAACAGGAAAUCUGGCGAUUACUCGAUCAAGCACAAGGAAGAAGAAAGAAGAGGAGCUUUCAAUGUCAACUACCUCUGAUGAGAAAGCUUCACGUGACUCAGAGAACCGUGAUCAGGUAAAAAAGCACCGGAAAAUGGGCAUGGUGCCUCGGAAAUUGAGUAUUAAUGGUGGUUCUACAAUUGAAGAGGGUUAUGAGAGGAUUUCUCCUAGAGAAAGAAAACUGAGCAAGUACUUGUCUCCUCCCUAUACAAAUUUGCUGCAGAGGCAAAGAAGUUCAUUGUCUAAAGUAAGCUCGGAAGAAGGUGGUCUUGUGUUCUCUGAUGUGGCGAAUGUGGGUAAAAGGAUGGCCAAGACAGCUGGCAAAAUAGUGGGAUCUCCUCCAUUAGUGAAAUGCAUGAAAAAAGUAAAAAAAAGUCAAAAAAAUGAUGAUCCAGAUUAUAACACAACAAGCAAGCAAGAUUUGAGUUCUGAGGCUAAUAAUGGUGCUGAGAAAAGUAUCGGUUUUCUGAACUGUGUUCUUCGUGAAAUUCGAUCAGCUGCUCUUGAUCCACUGUAUAGAAGGAGGGAUCAGACCUUUGAUUCGGUGAAGGGAUUUCUUUCUUCAUACAGGAGCUCAAAUUACAAGAAUGGAUCAAAUUGUAAGUUGCAUAAGAAAGAGUUGGCUGGUAUUCGGCGGAGAAAGAGAAAUUCAUCUGGUACCAUGCACGGAUCAAAUUCAGAUCAGAAGGUCGGAUCAAAUUCAGAUCAGAAGGUCCCGAAUCUUGUUGAUCAGCAGACCCCUAAGCUGAAACGCUAUAAAAAGAGUGCAACAAAGGAAGAGCAGAAGUCGGAGUCAAAGCCUGAAAAUAAGGUACUGACUGAAGCUGAUCAGCAUACCCCUAAGCUGAAAUCCUCUAAAAAGAGUGUGACAGAGAAAGAACAGAAGUCAGAUUCAAAGCUGAAACGCCCUAAAAAGAGUGCAGCGAAGAAAGAACAGAAUUUGGAGUCAAAAACUGAGCAUGAAGUAUCAUGUGGGCCCUCCUCAUCAUCAGCUGAGGAGAAUGUGCAGAACAAGAAGACAACGAAAUCUUCUGAGACAACAGGAGCUCCUUCUGAGUCGCCCCAACCGGAGAGUGAACCGUUGGCAGUAAUCUUUAUAAAGCAAAAGCUUGAGGCAAUGACAUCAAUGUUGGGGCAGAGUGAUGGUAAGAUGUCAGAGGAGAUAAAAUCGAACCUGGAAAAUGAUGUGAAGGAGCUGUUAAAGAAGGUGAAGAAGAUGACUGCUACUUCUACUUCUACUUCUACUUCUCCUUCAUCAUCCUAGUUUAAAUAAUACGGAGUAUAGUACGGUGUAGUCUUUUAUGAUUAUAGAGAGCUUUUUAGGCUGUUUGUAAAGAUUGCUACCUGUUUACUUUCCUUCUCUGCAUAUAGUAGACCCUUCUUGUCUUAAUUUCUUUUGGUGUAAUUGGGUGUUCUUGUCAAUGUUGCGAAUACUAGUGACAUGAGAGCUUACCACUGUUAUCA